GAUGCUUUCCCCACCGAUUACUAACAAGCAACAUCCCUUUCCUCUGUUAUUCUCACCUUCAACCUUCGAAUAUAUAGCUCAUCAAGAAAACCAGCAAUAGAAUUGAAGCAUCACAAUGACUGCACCACCAAAAUCCCCCACAGUCACAGAGUUCAUCUCUUUCCGCCUGAAGCCGUCCGUGAAACCCGAAGAGGGCGAGAAGAAUCGCGAGGGCGAAGAGCUUCUUGACUUUUUCCGGGAGACGAUGUUGCAAAGCGGGCAUUUGGGGUCAGCGUGGGGGCGGACUUUGGAGGAUGAGAAUGUGAUUAUUUGGGUUAUUGAAUGGGCAGAUUCAAGCAAUUCAACCAACCUGUCUCGUCUCGAACCAUUCAUCGAUUACUCAAAACAGGACAACCCAUCAACCUUACUCACAUUCUACUCAACUCUCUCCCCUUCAAUCUCCGAAUCAGACACCCUAACAACAAACCCCAUAACCGAACUCGUCACCUUCGCCGUCCCCAGCGAUAUCUCACCCGAACAACACAAACAAUUCAACAACGACCAGGUCCAAUUCAGGGACGCAUUAAUCAACAAAGCUACGCCAGAGAGUGCGAGACCCAUAACCUGGUCGAGAGGCCAGAUAGAGAGACCUGCCACCUUCGAUCAUCCGGACAGUGCGUCGGGAAAAGCAUUGGUGUAUUUGAAUGUUGUGGGAUGGAAAAAUAGGGAGCAGCAUACACAAGCUAGGGAUACAAAGGCGUUUGCGGAGACGAUUGAGCCAUUGAGAAAGCAGGUUCUCACGCCUGUUAAGGGGUUGGAGAUGAAGCAUGUCAAGUUCCAGAAGAUUGGGUUUUAGUCUUCAUCCGUAGUAGAUACUACGUAGAUGUUUCAGUGCCAUAAUGGAAUACGAAUGAGAAUAAUGGUUAGAUAAAAACCAAAUGAAGACAAAUACCG